AUGAGUGCGCAUCCCACACUCGGCCCAUCCACUUCCCAGAAAGAUCAACUCACUAUAGAAAUUGAAGAGAGCAAAGAUGAGAAAAAAGAAUCAACAAACGAUAGCACUACAAAGGCUCACUCCGGGCCAACUGUCCUUCAAAGUGAUUGCCCUCCUCGCGGUCUUCCUCCACCAUCUCCAUUCAGUCAAUCAUGGUCCGGUGCAACAUUUCCAAGAAGAAAUAAAGAAAGAGCUUAUAAAUCGAUUAUGGCAAGAAGACCAUCACCAUUAGCUGUUGAAAGACGAAUGAGUCCAAGUGGUAGUGCUGGGAGUCCAAUUGAAGAAUUUACUCCUGAAGCACUUGAAAAGGAUCCAAUUCCAAUUCUACGACGGGAUUCGAGCACUUGCUCGAUGGAUUUUGGACCAGAGAACGAUGGAGAUGAUGAGGAUGAGAGUAGACGUGAGAGAAAUGAAUGCGAGGAUGUUUCGGAGUUGCCAUGCUUUUCACCGAUCUCAAGCCCAAUUUUCCCGCAUAAACAUAAAAAUUCAGCUCAAAUGAGUGAUGAUGGAUCGAUGAUAACUCUUUCCGAAUCGGUCAUUUCUUACGGAGGACGACCGGGCGAGUUAACGAUUGAUGACUCAUGCUUUGAUCUUCUCAACACUUCCACAGAGAACUCUGCGUCAAACACACCAAUUGAGAAGGUUUUUCCACGAAUCUUUGGAGAAGAUUAUUCGAAUGUUGAGACAACGACGAUAAAUUCCGAGCCAACCACUUCGAAAAAAGAGGAAAAAGAGGAUAUUCGGCGGCGAUGUGAGUCAAUUUGUUUACCACGAAGUGAAACCCUUCCUUGCCCACCCGAUAAUACUUUGAUGCUUCGUGCUAAAGAGUCGGCAAGGAAAAUCUCCGUUCGUUCAAUUCGUCCAUCAUCUGUACCAUCUGAAGCAAUUUUGAUGUCACGCGAAGAUUCAAUUUUUCCCGGUUUUUUAAACGAAAACAAUGAUGGUAAAGAGAAUGAGCCAUCUUCUGGGACAUCUUCUUCAGCGAUUAGUAUUGGUGAACGAAAAAGAUCAAUGAGAAGAAAAGGAUCAAAUGAGGGGAAUCCAUUGCAACCAAAGGGUCGAAUUCUUCCAUUGCAAUCGAUUCCCGCACAAACUGUUUUGGAGAAGCCCAAUCCUUUAACACCACCUGAAAUUGCUGAGAGAAAGAUAUGGUCGAAUUCUUUACCCGGAAGACAAGUCGGUGAUCUUCGGGUGAUAGAAAUGUUGCGAGUGAAAGUUUUCUCAUUGAAGGGAUUGCGUGGUGCAUCUCAAAAACCCGUCUAUAUUCUUGGGAAACUAGACAGCAGAGACGUCUUUCAGUCAGCUGCAAUUCCCAAGAGUUCGAGUGAAGAUAUUUUGGAAGAGUUUACCUACGAUGUCUCUUCUCCAUUCAAUCAUUUACAUCUUGUUGUUGUUGAAGCGGCAAGAGUCGGCAAACCGGCACGUCCGAUCGGCAGAGUUUCUAUAAAGAGAAAAGAUUUGAUGAAAAGUUUGAAUAAAGAGCAGUCGUUUCCACUUCGUGUUGUGAGUAAAUUCUCGGACGUUCAAGGGCAAAUUUGUGUGGAUAUUCGACGGAUGAGCAACAGUUUUUCAUUGAGAGUCGUUGACAUCAGUGAUCUUUCAAUCCGUGACACCAGCGAGCUCUUCCUUCUAGUAAAGUGUGAAGAGGGGGCAAAAGAGGGAAAAAGAUUACGAAUCGGUGGGACGAGUGACCGCGGUGGAGCCCGUUGGCUGCACAUGGAUUGUCCCCGAGAGGGUACUCUUUCCAUUAAGAUGUCUUUAUGGAAUGAAUUGCUGAAAGGAUUGAAUACAGUGUUUCAUGGUCAAGUUCGAGUCGAUGUUGAUGAUCGAUGGACGAAUGGAUCGAAAUGGUUUUAUUUAAGACCAAAACAAAGUGAUCAGGAAAAGGCAGCUCGAAAAGAGCAAGCUGGAUUGGGGGAAAUGAAGCUGUGGGUCUCCUACACAGCCGAUCACGUCCUCCCAUUGACAACCUAUCAACCACUAUUGAAUGCCCUUCUCGCAUCAACGAAAAACGAAUAUCGAGCAUCUACAGUAGCACUUCUAGAACAUUUACCACAAUUAGAUCUUGGCGCAUUGGGAAAACCACUUGUGCAAAUCUUUGCUCACAGUGGAGACAUUCGAACAUUGUUGCAGAUCUUGUAUCAACAAGAGAUCACAAAAUGCCAAGACAUCAACACCCUCUUCCGAAGCCAAAGCCUUGCCAGUCGAAUGCUUUUCGAAUUGAUGAAAACCUAUGGACAUCAAUAUCUCCACACUACUCUAAAACCCGUCAUUGACAAGAUCUACUCAGAGCGAAAGAGUUGUGAGAUCGAUCCAUCGCGAAUUCAAAACGGAGAUUCGUUAGAGAAAAACACAAAAACUCUCCUUGGCUAUUUCUCUUUGUGCUUUGAUAGAAUCGUCGAAUCAUCACCGAGAUGUCCUCUUUCGUUGAGAACGAUUUUCGCUGAUUUGAGAAAAACGGUAAGCCAAGAAGCGAGUGAGAAAAAAACGGAACGUUUGGCUCAAAGCUCGUUCCUGAUCAUGCGAUUUUUCGCUGCCGCUCUCCUCAACCCAAAAUCUUUUGGAUUAAAACGCGAACAACCGGAUUCAAAAGUUUCCCGUACACUGGUGCUUCUCUCAAAAGUCCUUCAGCGAGUGGCCAACGAAUGCGUUGCUUCACACGCUUUGAUUAUUAAAGAAUCAUGGCUUGAACCAAUUCUUAAGCAAGUAACAAACGAAGAGCACAAAAAUGCGAUGGUUUUAUUCUUGGAUCGAGUGGCUCUACAAAUCCCUGACUCACAACCGAUCACUGACAAUUUAGCAGCAAUCAAAGAGGGAUAUUUGGUUGAAAGUCGACCGCGAACAGGGCCUCGAUGGAGUCUUAUUCAACAACCGAAGAAGAGAUUCGUUUACUUGACAGAGGAGUCGCUUUGUUGGCAGAAAAGUCGAAGAGGAGGUGUACUUGAUCAAAAAGGGAUGAUGAGUUUGAGUAGCAUUGAGAAGGUUCUUCCGGGAGAACGGGCAACUUUCACUGUGUGGACUUCGGAGAAACAAGUCGGGUUUGAAGCUGCGUCGGCUAUGGAGAUGAAAGAUUGGGUCACUGAAAUCGAACGUCAACGGUUACGAAGAGACCCAAAAGGUGCCUCGUUGGGUGAAGAGUUGUGCGUGAUGGGAAACGCGGAUGUGGAAAGAGCGCUCGAAGAAGUACAUUUACUUCUCGUUGAACACGCAGACACCCUCGUUCAAUGGAGAAACGCACUCGAAAUCCCAUCCACCUCACAAUCGUCCAUACCUUCUCUGCCACACAUCUUUGACUUAAAGGAAAAUCCGGUUACUCGGCAACGUCUUUUCGCCACUCUUGACACAAUCUUGGCUGUCACUUAUGCAAUUGAGACAGUUCAUCGAGAAGCUGUUAGCAAAUACAUGAAUCAUAUUCGUCACGGCACAGGCACUCGCGAGAAUCCGAUCGGCGAUGAGAACUACUUACUGUUGAAACGGAAAUUCAGCAUGGAUCCC